GUACCGUUCGCAGCGCAUGCGCUGCGCGCUCCCCCCGCUUGCCUCACUUUUCAUUGGGGUGGGCGGAACCAGCGAGGCGGAAGCGGAAGUGGUGCGUGACGAGAGCCAAUGUAAAGACGAAUUCUUUAAUUUUUUUUUAAAGUAAAUGUUUAUUUAAUGUCCGUCGGGGGGUUUCCCAUUUCCUCCGUUUUUGCUAUUAGGGCGCGGGCACUGCCGGUGGUGAAGUAGCAACUACCGUAACCGCUGCCCCUUCCGGUGCAGCCAGCCACGCCCUCGUCCUCCACCUCCUCGCGUGCCCCAUCCGCACCUCCUCGCGUGUGCGCCGCCGGGCCCUCUCACCGUGUCUCCUGUCAGGGCGGCAGCCGCUAUGUCCGACAAGGAGUUCAUGUGGGCCCUCAAGAACGGGGACCUGGACGAGGUGAAGGACUACGUGGGCAAGGGUGAAGAUGUUAAUCGGACAUUGGAAGGUGGGAGGAAACCUCUUCAUUAUGCAGCGGAUUGUGGACAGCUUGAGAUCCUGGAGUUCCUUCUACUAAAAGGAGCUGAUAUUAAUGCUCCAGACAAACACAAUAUCACUCCUCUUCUUUCAGCAGUCUAUGAAGGCCAUGUCUCUUGUGUGAAGUUACUCCUUUCAAAGGGUGCUGAUAAGACUGUGAGAGGGCCAGAUGGACUAACUGCCUUUGAAGCCACUGACAAUCAGGCAAUCAAAGCUCUUCUCCAGUGACGGAUGGACUGAGAUCUAAUGUCUCUCCUGUGGCCUCACACUGCUGCCUGUCUGUCACUCUUUGUAUCUUCCAGCUUCUUCAGCUAAAUAUUGGGGAGGGAGGAAAAAAUCACAGUAAAUCAGACUAGUUAUGUACCUUGUAUCAAAAAAAGAGUACCUGCCUGGAGACAGUAGAAAUCCAUAUAACUAGUGUCUCCUUGGACUUUGUUCAGGGUACAGUCUUUUCCCAUUUCUAGCAAGAUUGAAGCUCUGCUGAGCAAGGGGAGAAGAAUGUUGUUUGAAAUGUGCCCUGUAAGUUUUCCUAGUCCGGGUACGACUUCUUGGUGUUUUUUUUUUUUAAAUGGAAGCUCUAUUCUGUACUUUCUAAUGUAUAAAGGCGAUGGUGGCCCAGUCAUGGUGGCCUAUACCAUCAUCUACCAGUCAAGGCAGUGGGAUAGCUUGUCUACAGCAGUAUCCCUGUGCCUUAAGUAGAUUUUGCAGUGUUGAAGGCUUCUGAAAUUUGUUCAUAAUUUCCCACUAUUUAAUCAUUUUGCUUGCUGCUUUGUUUUAACAAGGCGACAUAGUGAAGGCAGGACUUAACAGAUUCUGAGGGAUGAGUUACAUUAUGUCCCCCCCCACCCCACCCCGCCAUCCAAAAUUUUUAGUCAAGAACCAGUCAGAUUGGAUAAGGCUUAGAACUGGGGAAGAAAAAUGUUGCUCUUUAGAGGCUUGCAAUUGGAGCUGUCUUAAUGACCACAUAGUAAAAUAUGCUGGAACUAAGUGAUGGUUCCAAACCAGUUGGUGCUAGAGGAUGACUGCUUUUAGACUUAAAAUGUCUUUAAAAUCAUUAAACAGAAAUAACUCUGUUUAGUUUGAUUUCAUUCUUCUAGAGAAGACAGGAGCUGUUUUGCUCUAGCAUCAGCCUCACUACAUUGACCUUGUAAAGGCAUGCAUCUUCAAAAUGAAAUUUGAUUCACAGUUAUGGCAUUGGCGGGGGGCGGGGGGGGGGACGGACACAUUCAGCAGAUUGAACUGUCAGGUUCCAAAGGGAAGCACUGACAUUUCCUGCCCAAUAAAGGUAUCUUGUUUAUACAGAGCAUCUUCCCAAAGACUCUGCAAAGUAGCUUUUUAUGGACAUUAAGGCAUGGGCUUUACAAUAUGCUAGUGUUUUGUUGUUUUGAUGAUACCAGAAAAAACACUGAUACUGACUCAGAAAGUGAGUAAACUUUUGUAUCUUCUUAUAAAUCUUCCCAGUGAGACUUCUGCUGACUUCACAUAAAGGUGUGCAGUAUGUCUCAGUUGCAAUUCAGAUAACUCUGGUGUCUGCUUUUGUAUACACACUUCAUUGUAUUGGAUAUACAUCUUCAAAUUUGAAAGCAUUUUAUUUAAACUUUGAAUCAAGGAGAAAUUAUUUCACUAUAACAAUUUAAAAAGGAAUUAUGAAUGCAAUUUUUUUAGUCAGUGUGGAAGAGCAACCUAGUAUUGCCACUUAAAUUGUACUUUUUGUCCCUUACUGCUACUGAUACUACCCAUAAUAGUAAAACAAACUAUUCAGCAACCUCUGGGAACAAACUUGAUUCUCUAAAAGCAAAACCAUGUAUACUGUUUUUGUAAUUGUUGCAGGUCUCUAAUGUUAUAGAAAUAGCACACUCUUUGUAGCUGCAUCUUCACCUUUCUGUGUGACAGGGAAGAUGCAGCUAUGAUACUAAUCCAACAAAAAAAAAUGUUCAGGUGGUUUGCUUCUAAAAUUAUUAUUCCAGUGGUCACAGUGGGCAUAAUCCACUUCAAAUGUUUCAUGAAUUGGAGUGAAAGACAGUCAUUUUGAUUGAUCCAACAAAGGAGAAAUUAUAAUUGUACUUCAUAGCUAACUUUUACAAAAGUCUUUGUUUUUCUUCAAUCCUCCUUAUAUAGUAUAGGGUCAGUUUGAUUUCUUUCUAGAAAUUCUUUGAGGCAUUUGAAGCUCUGCAUACCAGUCUUUUUCAUAAUCACAUAGCUAUCUGAGUUUUCCCCUGAACACUUGAAAAUCUACAGAUAAAUUUAAUUACUGGUUAUGGUAGAAUACCUUCUAGCUGCUUGGCCAGAAUAGUUAGAAUAUACUUUCUCUUUAUUGAAGCCAAACAAGUACUUCUGCUUGUUUAAGGCUUUGUAAAAGGUCCAUUCACUGAUCUUGGCUUCCAAUUUAAGGAAUCAAACUAACUUUGGAUUUUUAACUUUGGAAUGUGCUAUUCAUAUCCAUCUGAAGAAAAAUAAUGGUGGCUACCAGUGUCUCCUACUGGUUCUUAGAUGGAGAAAAUCCUUGAUGUAAAUUCUGUUUCCAGAUAGGAGACUUCAGAGCAUUCAAAAUCAAAAGGCUAGAAAUCAGAACAUCACCACCAAUAACCUUCUUCUUAGAUUCCAGCUUAAAAUAAUGAAUUAUUGUCUUAAAGCUCUCCACUCCCCUUUGUAUAAGCAUUGCUUUCAUAACUUAGUUUUUGUUAUUUACUGCAGUACUAAAAUGGGUUAAUUGAUCAAUUAGAAGAAGCUGGUAAGAGUAAAAUGUCCUAGUUGAGCAGUUGCAGUGUUGCAUGCAAAAUCUCAAACUGAACAGUCUUAUAUUUUAUAAAUGGAGAAACAAUCAUAUCUUUCUACCCAAUGAUGGAAAAAAGUAAUGCUUUGCGCAUUUUGAUAUUUGACCUUUUUCCACAAUGUAACUAUUUUGGCACAGUUGAGUUUAUCAUUAUCAUGGUUCAUAGACAUCAGAAUGCUAAAUGAUACUGUGUUAAGUCUGUGUUGCAAGAAUGAAUGGAAUAAACUUGAAUUGUGUUAUAGAAA